AUGCGUGUAGUACGUAGAGAACGACAGUCAAAUAAUGAUGAUGUUGUUAACAACAGAGGUUCAUGGUCGAGAAAAGAUUAUUCUGCUAUGAAAUGUGAGUUAACGGUGGAUUACAAAAAUAACCCAUCAGUUUUUAUAGGAAAUCCUACAAUAGUUUGCCAGUUUUUAGACUGUAGUGUAAUUAUUUGGGACGAAGCGUCAAUGUCCCAAAAAACUUCAGUAGAAGCUUUAGAUAGAACGAUGCGAGACUUGCGUCGUAAUAAUAGUCCUAUGGGUGGCUGCACAGUGUUGUUAUCUGGGGACUUCCGUCAGAUUUUUCCUGUGGUUACAAGAGGGGCAAAAGCUGACGAAGUCAACGCGCCUUUGAAAAGAUACUACUUAUGGCCUUAUAUAAAAAUAUUAGAACUUAAAACUAAUAUGAGAGUGCUAUGUACAGAUCAAGAUAAUAUAAAUGUUGUCAAAGAUUUACUUUUAAUAGGCAAAGGYGAAUUUAAAGCAACGAAUGAUAAAAUAAAUAUUAAAAGUUUCUGUAAUUCAGUACCCACUAUAACAAAAUUGAUUCAAAAUGUGUACCCGAACAUUCAAAAUAUAUCUUCUAAAUUAUUGAAAUGGUUUGACGCUCAAUCACAAAUGUACUAUUCAGUUGAUACAGUUUUAGAAAAAGAGGAUGCAGUCCAUUUCCCAACUGAAUUUCUUAACUCUUUAACGCCUUCUGGAGUUCCACCACAUACACUGAUUUUAAAAAUAGGGGCACCUAUUAUUUUAAUGAGAAAUUUGAGCCCACCCACACUUUGCAACGGUAUAAGACUACAAAACAAAAAAUUGAGAAGUUCAUUACUCGAGUGCAUAAUAUUAACAGGCUGUGGUAAUGGAAAAACUGUUUUAAUACCAAGAAUACCAAUUAUACCCUCAGAUUUACCUUUUAAGUUUAAACGUAUUCAAUUUCCCGUUAAAUUGACAUUUGCAAUGAUUAUAAAUAAAGCACAGGGACAAACACUUAAUGUUGCUAGAAUUGACCUAAGCGUUCAGUGUUUUUCUCGCGGUCAAUUAUACGUAAUCCUGUCACGUGUGACAUCCAAAUUUAAUUUGUAUAUUUUUGCCCCUGAUCCAGAAAAAGUUGAUAACGUUGUUUACAAAGAAAUUUUUUAA